AUGAACGGCAAAACUACAUCACAGCAAUGCGGACCAUUAAGGGCAACGGCGACUAUGAUGACAUUGGUCGAAUCCAUGCACAGUUUGUUACAUCGCCCGGGGCACACUCAGGACCAGGCUUUUCUACCAUGGCAUAGAGAAUAUAUCAAGAGAUUGGAAAUUGCUCUGCGGCGUGUUGACCCCACUUUGGCACUACCGUAUUGGGACUCCACAUUGGACUCGUCUCUACCCGAUCCCUCCCAGUCAUGUUUUUGGGGAAACGAAUUGAUGGGUACACAAGGAAGUGACGGUUCCGUGACAACUGGAGCUUUUAGGAACUGGCUAACUCUAGAUGGUUCUCGGGUCUUCUCUAGAAGCGUUGGCACUACUGGUAAUCUGCUGAGAGACAGUGACAUUCAGAUUCUUUUGGCCUCUUCAGACUUUACACAACUUCUUGCUUUUACUGCACCGCAACCGGGAUGUCCUAAUCCGGCUCCAUGGACAGUGCUUGAGUACGUUCACGGCGGUCCUCAUGUUUUCACUGGAGGUGAUAUGCUUAUUACAACAUCGGCCACCAACGAUCCAGUAUUCUUCAAUCACCAUUCCAUGAUUGAUAAUAUCUGGGAACUCUGGCGUCUUGCACGACAGUCUCGAUCUCAACGAGAAACGCAGUAUCCAAUGGAUAACUCAUUAUGCAGUAGUACUUCGCACUAUGCAAACAACACCAUGGCGCCAUUCUUCCCGAAAGUGAACCUCGAUGGGCUUUCUAACGCCUAUACAGAUAAUCUCUAUCAGUACGAUCCACGGCCGACCUGCACGAGAGCAAACCCGAACGGAUGCCGUUCAAAGUAUUUGUUCUGCGAUCUCUCCCACGGUUCACCUCGAUGUGCUUCAAAAAUCAAUAUUGGUGGCACCUGUAGUGGAUACACGAACAAUGAGGAUCGAUGCUACCUUGGCCAAUGCAUUAAUAACGUCUGCGCAAUGACUCCGACACCAACACCAACCACGCAGCCUCCAAUCGAUACCACCACUCCCAUUGCUCCUGCACCAGAGACGUGUUACAACGAGCAACAAUGCUGCGCACCAUGGGCAUCUCGUGGAGAAUGUACUAGAAAUCCCACGUACAUGAGAUUGUGGUGUAAAGCAAGUUGUGGUUGUUCGGAUCGCAGUGUGAGGUGUACUGAAUGGGCUGGAAGGGGCGAAUGUCGAAGUAACGCAGGAUGGAUGACGGAGAACUGUCGCCAGUCUUGCAACGCUUGUGGUACUACCAGAUUGCAGGCAUGCGGUGGAGGAGGUUCGUUCUCAGAAUAUGUAUCAGUAAUAAAAGUUAAGUGGGAACAAGUCAGGAAACCGUCCGUUCUUGGGAUGGCGCAUGCAUCUACCUUCACCCAACACUCUUUGCGCAUGGUGCUCCAAGCAAGGGUAUUUGAUGUCAUUUUGCAUGCGCAUUGGAAAAAAGGAGGAGGGACCAAGCAGUGUGCAGCCUGCUUAAAUCAGCAUUACUGCUGCAUUGCGUGGGCGAGCCGUGGAUACUGUACUGCGCGGAAUCAGCGAUCAUUCAUGAUGCAGUACUGUCAGCCUAUUUGUGGUCUGUGCAGUGGAUCACCAGCAGGAUCGACCACUUACAAUACACAAGCGUGUAGUGAUUUCAACCCCAGCAGAUGUGCAGCAUGGACGGCUCAAAACCAGUGUGCCGUGAAUCCUAAUUAUAUGUGGGAGAAUUGCCGGCAGUCUUGCGGCGUCUGCAACAUAGGAAUUCUGUCGAAUCGACUGUCGUCGUGCGGACUGACACGACGUCGACUAGCCUCCCAGCGUCGCGUAAAUCCACAA